UUCUAGUUUCGCUAGCCAUGAAGGGCCUACUUUUUCCGUGACUACUGCCAACAACUUCACUUCCACCACAUUCAUAUCUCAACACAACCACUCCAUCUCAUUCUGAAUUCUCUCCUAUAUAAGACCAGCACUUGGCAUUUCAUUGCAUCUCAUGCAACUAAGCAAGAUUCCUCUCUCAAUCAAGCAUACCAAGUCUAUGGGAUCCUCAGCUUCAACCUUCCUGGCAAUAAUGCUUGGUCUCGCACACUUGGCAAUAAGUAUAGCAGCAGUGGACCCUGUUUCAGCCACCGGAAAAGAACCCAUUAUCGAAUUGUAUAUGCAUGACAUUCUUGGAGGAGGAAACCCCACAGCUCGUCCAGUAACAGGCUUGUUGGGCAGCAUAUACAAUGGUCAAGUACCUUUUCCAGAAGCAGUAGGAUUCAACACGCCAGAUGGUGCAGUUCCCAUCCCUAAUGCAAAUGGUGCCAUCCCCACCGUCAACGGAGUUACUGGAAUCCCACUAGGAACUGGCUUGUCUGGAACUGCUUUUGUUGGAGGGAACUCGGCUAACAACAACAACAACAACGGUAAUCAGCCACUGUUAGGAAAUGAUGGGUUGGGACUAGGGUUUGGUACAAUCAGUGUGAUUGAUGAUUUCUUGACCUCUCAGCCCGAGUUGGGGUCCCAGACAAUUGGGAAGGCUCAAGGUGUGUAUGUGGCAAGUUCAGCAGAUGGGAUUAGACAGAUGAUGGUAUUCACAGCCAUGUUUGAAGGAGGGGAAUAUGGUGAUAGCUUGAACUUUUAUGGCGUGUACAAGAUUGGGAGCACCAUGUCGCAAUUGUCUGUGACAGGAGGAACUGGCAAGUUCAAGAAUGCAAGGGGCCUUGCAGAGGUUAGAUCACUUAUUCCACCAGGCCAGAUUGCCACAGAUGGUGCCGAGACGUUGCUGAGGAUCAUUGUCCGCUUAAACUACUAGAGUUAUGGUGUGGAAAUGUGAACUAAAAUGAACUGGGUAUUCCUUACUUUAAGAUGGAGAUGACUUUGUACUGUGUUUUGUCUGUUUGAUUGCUUGAUGUGCUUGAAAUAUCACUUGUAAUACCAAUAGUGAGGUGUGCUAUACAAUUUGGUGACAUGUUCUGAUA